UCGGAGCCCAGGCCGCCGCCAUGUCUUCCGGGGCCAGCGUGAGCGCCCUGCAGCGCCUGGUGGAGCAGUUCAAGCUGGAGGCCGGCGUGGAGAGGAUCAAGGUCUCUCAGGCGGCUGCAGAGCUUCAGCAAUACUGCAUGCAGAACGCCUGCAAAGAUGCCCUGCUGGUAGGUGUUCCAGCCGGAAGCAACCCCUUCCGGGAGCCCAGAUCCUGUGCUUUACUCUGAAGACUGUAGGGAAGAAGUUCCCUGAGGAAUGCUUUCAAGCACAAAGUGAUGAAUGACUGCCUCCAAAUCUCAAGAAAACACUUCUCCAGCCAAAUGACUUUUAGAUAUUUCACAGGACUUUUCCUGUGGCCUGGUCCUUUAGCCAAAAUUCUACAGAAAUUGAUGAGUUUCUACUCAAAUAAGGAAACUGGGUGAAGGAGUAGAUUUUAAAUAAUAAUGGCCUGGGUCUUUGUUGAAGUGCUUUAUACUUAAACAAAAACCUUACCACCAAAUAUACCAAAAUACACCUCUUUCAUUAAGUGAAUUACUAGUUUUCUAUACCUGGAAUGUUAUGUUUUAUUUACUAGAUGUUUACAUUUUUGGGAGGAAAACAGUAUUGUUUGUUUAAAAAAAUUGAAUAUUUGUCAUUUGUUGUUCCCGACU